CCUAGUUACUUUAAUGCCAUGUUUUCUUGCUUUCAUUUAUGUUUGCCCCUUUGACCAAUAUUUUCUGCCAUACAUACAGGCCGGAGACUACCCGGCCAAUAUUUGCCCCUCACAUUACAGCCCCCAACUCCUCUCCAGUCUCUGCCAAUCCCCCUUCCUAAAUGUCACUGUUUUCAACCAUUUUCAGGUGUUACUAAUUCUUAGGAGCAGUCAAACAAACCAUCUUCACGUUUCAACUUCAAGAGGAUUCUUCUUAUCACAUGCAUCAUCAUCAUCAUCGUCAAGAAAUCGUCUACAGCUACCAUUGCAUCAGUCCCGCUUUCUGAAUAUCAGUUCAACAAAAGAAAAAUGGUGAUGGAAGUUGUUCAAGAAGAUAUGGGGGAUGGUAGCAUGCAAUGCACCGACCAUCCUUACAAGAACAGCACCCCAGGUGGGAUCUGUGCCUUUUGUCUUCAAGAGAAGCUUGGCAAGCUUGUUUCUUCCUCAUUCCCUGUUGCUAUUUUCCCGUCUUCUUCUUCUUCUUCGUCUCCUUCAUUUAGAUCUGACUUUGGUGGUAGCAUUACUAGUGCAUCAUCUUCCUCUGCUAUUCGCCCUCCUCAUCACGGUUCCUCAGCAGCUUCUCGUCACAUUAAUCUAAGCAAUGACUGCGAGUAUCACACCAGAAGGUCUAAGAUGCCGUUUAGUUUGAGUACUCACAGGAGAAAGAAGAAGAAAGAUGGCACCGGUGGUGUCUUGGCUGCAGCAAGUUCAGAUGCCACCAGCAUUGUUUUCAAAAGAAGCAAAUCUACCACAACUCCCAGAAGAAAUGGUAUCCAUUUUUUGGAUGCUGAUGAUGCUGAAGAUUACAGCCCUCACAAGAGAGGUUUCUGGUCAUUUCUUUACUUGCCCAAGCAUUCCACUGCCAAGAAAGGUGAAAGGUCGUUCAAAGAUGUUAGUAGCUAUGCGUCAUCAGUGUCAAGUGCAAGUGGAGUUGGUGCUGCAGCUGGUGGUUCUACGAGAUCAAGGGACAAGAAGAAAGAAGAGCUUGUUGUGGUGGAUGAAAAUGAGAGCCCUGAUCAGGCUGCACUUGAUAGAAAGGUGUCGAGAUCUAGAUCUGUUGGCUGUGGAAGCAGGAGCUUUUCUGGGGACUUCUUUGAGCGGAUUUCCACUGGUUUUGGAGAUUGCACUCUCAGAAGAGUUGAAUCUCAGAGGGAAGGUAAGCCUAAAGUGCCUUCAAUGCACAGGAACAGUGGUGCAGGGCAAGAUUGCAUCAAGGAGAGAGUCAAGUGUGGUGGGAUUUUCAGUGGUUUCAUGAUUACUUCUUCCUCCUCCUCUUCUUCAUCUUCAUCAUAUUGGGUUUCAUCUUCAACUGAGGAUAAUGUGAAUGGUGGAAGAUCAGCAUCAACACCAGGGAGCGCGCGACAUGUUGCUCAUGGAAGAAGUAAGAGUUGGGGAUGGGCACUUGCAAGUCCAAUGAGAGCUUUUGGGAAGCCCUCAAAUCAUGGAAAAAGAGAAGCUUCAAAUAAGAAUGCUGCCCCAAAUUUAGCUGCAAUUCCUUCCUUGUUGGCUGCGAGAGGCUAAAGGCUAAGCUUUAAGAAGGCAGCUGCUUAAUUUUAAGUUACUGCUAAGGAGUAAAUUAUUUACUACUUCUACCUUAUUAUACUAGUGUUAUACAAAUUUCUUGUCUUAAACCUGUGUUUA